CAUAAAGUCCCACACAUGAAGAGGCCUAGCAGAGAAACGGACUUUUUCUGCCCAGAAGAACUCAUUAUAACAAAGCGGCCGCCCCCGCUCCCCGCUCCGCCCGUCCCGUCCCGCCGGCACCGCACACGCUUGCGCCGCCGCCCCCAGCAGCACCGCUCGGGUCUCGGCUGCCGUGGCCUCGCCAUGUCCGCUUCCUCCUCCUCCUCCUCCUCCUCCUCCGCCGCGCUGCGGCCGGUCACCCACCUCAUCUUUGACAUGGACGGCCUGCUGCUGGAUACUGAGCGUCUCUAUACAAUGGUAUUUGAAGAGAUCUGUGGGCGUUUUGGAAAGAAGUAUACCUGGGAUGUGAAAUCAUUGGUCAUGGGUAAAAAAGCACUAGAAGGGGCACAGAUUAUUCGAGAUGUUCUAGAUCUGCCAAUAACCAAAGAAGAGUUACUACAUGAAAGUAAAAUGAAGCAGGAGAAGAUAUUCCCUACUGCUGAAUUGAUGCCAGGGGUUGAUAAGCUGAUCCGGCAUUUACACAAGCACAACAUACCCAUAGCUGUUGCCACUAGCUCAGCUGAAGUGACAUUUCAGAUGAAAACAGCCAGACACAAAGACUUCUUCGGUCUUUUUCAUCAUAUUGUGUUGGGAGAUGACCCUGAGGUGAAGAGUGGCAAACCACAGCCUGAUGGAUUUCUAGUUUGUGCAAAGAGAUUUCACCCUCCUGCAGCUCCAGAGAAGUGUCUUGUGUUUGAAGAUUCACCACUAGGAGUCAAAGGAGCACUGGCAGCAGGAAUGCAAGUGGUUAUGAUACCAGAUGAAAAUUUAAAUCCAGAUCUUAAAAAGGAGGCAACUCUAUUGCUGAACUCCAUGGAGGACUUCAAACCAGAACUCUUUGGCUUACCAGCAUAUGAUUAAUGCCUAGUGUUUAUGUACAUAAGCUUGACUGGAGUUCACAAAAGUGGAAUUAAAUAUUGUUAAGGGUUUAUAAUUGUUUUGCUUUGUCUCUCUCUCUUAAAGCUAGAACACAAAAAUCCUGUUGACACCAAGUCUUCCAACCUUUGAAAGUUGACUGGAAUAUUACUUAUUUGCUGUCAUGAUAAAUGCUAAAUUAAAGCAGCAUUUCAUCUUGUGAAGUGAAUCCAGCCUUGUUCUCUGUAGAUCAUAAUGUUUUCUGGGAAUAUUAUGAAACUAUUUAGACAAUUUAUGGUAACUGCAUUGGAAGCUUCUUGUUCUGUUUCUCCUUGAAUGGCUUACUGUUUAGCUCUUCACCAGAAAUCUGUUCUGGAUUGGCUUCUAUCCCAUUACAUUGUUUUUGAUACAGUUAUCACUAUCAACAUGUUUAUCCAUUUCCUCAUCCUGUAGUUGCAUGUCUAUUCCCCUUUGUAUCCUCCUGUCAUUUUUUGUAGUUAUUUGCCAGGAUUUCCUUGUACUUUCUGCAUUUUUUUUUCUCUUUGGAGGUUUAAUGAGAUGACUUCCAGAAAUCCCAUAUGACCUCCAUUAUUCUUUAAUUCUGUGCUUAUCUUUUUUGGGCAUGUUAAAUACCUACUAGAGGUAUACAAGGUUAUAUGGUCCAACUUUUUAACCAAAGUGCUUUGCAUCUUCCUUGUUUCCUUAUAUUCUUAUCUUCCAUGUUGCCAUGUACCCUUCCCUUUCAUACUUCUGAAAUAAAUUCAUCCAGUCUCCUUGUUUUAAUGCUGAUAAA